AUGUCCCGGCGAGGAGGCCCCGAUCAGCCCUAUGGCGUCAAGCCCAUAGUCCUUCCGCCCCCUGGCUUCAUCAAGCAGAGCGGCCGUCGUGGCAGAUACGGUCCCCAGCAAAAUGUCGACGACUUCUGGAAGAGAUUCACCAGUGACAAUCCAGGAAAAGUAACAAAUAUUAUUCCCAAGAAUGAAUACGCCGAGAAGCUUGCCAAACGUACCGCCGCCAAAGACCUCGCCAACGGUGGUGGUGGUGGAAGAGCGACAAGCACCUCGUACGAGGAGGCGGCGGCUCUUUGUCGAGCUAAAGUUGACAAGAUUGUCAAAGAGUGCAAGAGGGUGAACCAGAAGUAUCGCGAUCCGCAUUUCGACUUGGAGUGGGACCUCAAGACGAGAACGAGGGACUGUCUGGAGAGUUUGAGCAACUACAAGGAUGACUACCCAGAGUAUGACAACAGUGACGACGAUCAGCCUAGACAUCCGAGGCAGCCCCCAGAGUGGAACCCCAGAGGACGGCAGCGCGCGAGAGCGUUGGGAAAGAAGACAAAAAGGAAUAGGGAGGGUGGUGAAGAAGAGGCCGAGAAAGAGAUCGAUUCAGUUGACGAGAGCGAUCCUGUGCGCGGAGGUCAGACUGGCUAUCAGAAAGGUAGCCGAAAGAAGUCCGCUGAGGUGAGGGCCGAGAUGUCUAAGCUCUGCCCCCGGUCUGUCAAACGAGUGGGAGAUAUCUUUGAAGACCCCCAGUUUUUCAUCAAGGGACCCACGGCAGACGAUGUUCGUCAAGGGCGAGAUGGUGACUGCUGGCUUCUCGCAGCCAUCUGUACUCUUAGCAACAAGCCGGGCUUGAUCGAGCGGGUCUGCGUCGCUCGUGAUGAAAAUUUCGGUGUAUACGGUUUUGUCUUCAACCGUGAUGGCGAGUGGUUCAGCGAAAUCAUCGACGACAAGGAAAUCUUCCGGCGAAACUUUCAAUCUGGAAGUGUCGCCCUGUAUUUUGCGCAGUGUGAGAAUCUGAACGAGACCUGGCUCCCGUUGCUGGAGAAGGCAUAUGCCAAAGCACAUGGCGAUUAUCAAGCCAUCGAUGGCGGUUUCACGGCCGAGGGUAUCGAGGAUUUGACCGGCGGUGUGACUUCCGAGUUGAAUACCACCGAUAUCCUGGAUAAGGAUGCUUUCUGGAAGAACGAGCUGAUGAAGGUCAACCAAGACUUCUUGUUUGGAUGUUCGACCGGUCACAUGGCGUGCGGUUAUGGGAACAGAAGAGGCAUCGUCGAGAGGCACGCUUACUCCAUCAUGAAGGCCGUCGAGAUUGAUGGCGUGCGUCUGGUCAUGUUGAAAAAUCCGUGGGGCAAGGGUGAAUGGCGAGGAGCAUGGAGUGACGGCAGUAAGGAAUGGACUCCCGAGUGGUUGACCAAGCUGAACCACAAGUUCGGUGAUGACGGCUCAUUUUGGAUGUCGUACAAGGAUCUGCUGCGUAAGUAUCAGCGAUUCGAACGUACGAGGUUGUUUGGGCCUGAUUGGAAGAUCACCUCGAUCUGGACGACGCUCGAUGUUCCGUGGUCGCCGCAAUACCACCACACCAAGUUCGCCUUCACUUUGGAGAGAUCGGGGCCAGUCGUUCUUGUCCUGGCGCAGCUUGAUGAACGGUAUUUCCGAGGCUUGGAGGGCCGGUAUGAAUUCCUGCUUGGGUUCCGUGUCCACAAGGCUGGCGAAGAGGACUACAUCGUUCGAUGUCAGGCUUCGGGCCACGGCAUGAGCAGGUCUAUCAGCGUGGAGCUAGACCUUGAGGCAGACGAGUACACCGUCCUCGUUUUGAUUGACGCGGAGAAGCAUGAAGGUUUGAUGGAGCCUGAGGAGGUGCUGCGCGCCAAUGUCAAGAACCGCCGUGACAAAAUACUCCGGAUUGGCCUAUCGCAUGACCUAGCACUCAGCAAAGCCAAGAUUGCAGAGACCGAGGAGGAAAAGACUGCGCGUGAGGCCUUUAAGAAACGUCAACAGCAGAAGCACCGCGAAGAGGUCCGGAAGCGAUAUCUUGACUAUCAGAAAAAGAUCCACCGCCAGGAGCUGAGGCAAAUCAAACAAAAGAAGAAGCAGAUGGCCUACGAGAAGGCAUGGAGAGUUGGGCAGCAGAAGAAACGUGACGAGAAGAGGCGCGCAGCUCGGGAUUCCAGGCAGCAUAUGAGGCAGGCAGCAGAGCAGGAGCAGGCAGAGGCUGAAGCGGAUGAUGAAGCUGACAAGCCAAAGGGCAACAACAGGGCGAGGCUCGAUGAGGGAACUCAGACUGAGGUUGCUGUGGAGGAGGGCGCAGAGCCCGAUAAGAAACCCAAGGAUGGCGAGGAACCAAUGAAGGUCGGGGAGCAACCUCUGGCCGAGUCAAAAGUCCAGGCGGACUCGGGCGCGGAGAAGCCCAAGCUCGACAAAGAGACCCAAACUGAGAUCGAAGCUCAUGAGGAGAAAGCCGAUGACGAGGCGGAAGCAGCAGCCGAACCUGAUGUGUCCACUGUCGGCGAGGAUACUCCUUCCCUUUCAUCGUCAGGAGCACUUGCCGAAAAGAACAAUGCCGAAAAGAACAAUGCCGAAAAGAACAAUGCCGAAAAGAACAAUGCCGCAGAGGAAGGCAGCAGCAAUGUUCCUGCCAAUCCUGACGAGGAAGCCAAACAGAAGGAGGUCACAUCUGAGCCAGUUAAGGCAGCCACGACGGAUGAUAAAGAAGGAGCCACUGUUGACCCAGCCAAAGAUGCUGAUGUUGCGUCCAAUUCCAAAGACAUCGAUCCCCAUCCCGAGGCUACCCUCAAGCUGAAAAAAGCUCUCGAAGUGGUCUCUCACUUCAAGGCCGAGCUCGAGGACCUCCUCGGGACCAGACCUGACCAGAACAACGUCGAACAGAUGCCUCGUCAACCUCACCCGCCCCCCAUGGUCCCCAUCUACCACCAGCACCCCGCCCAACCCCAUCACCACCCCUUCAACGGGCCUCACCCUCUCUACCAGCACCCCAUCAUCCCCCAACAUAUGUAUCAGCAACAUCCCGGCUCCCAAUCCCGCCCCCCUUCUAGACCCCCUUCGAGACCCCCUACAGCCGACUUACAACAAUUCCAGCCUCCCCUCUUUUCCCGACCCCCUACUUUUUACACACAUCCCCAGCAGCAAUUCCAACUUCAAUACCAACCUGGUCCCCCUUCCUGCCCCCCUUCCUGCCCCCCCUCUAGAGCCCUAACAGCCCCCUACUACCCCUACAACCAACCCCCCCGCCGCCCCUAUCCCCAACAGCACCCCCCCGACGACGGCGGCUACAUCUCCGACACCCCCUCCAUAAUGCCCCCCAUGUCCCCCCCAGACCUCUCCGACUCGGAGCUCGACUGCCUCGUCUCCGACAACGACGACAACGCAGCCAACCUUUUGAGAAGCAUGCUCCCCCGUGGGCCCCCUGGUGGUCCCCCCGGGAAUGGCCCUGGUGGUUACAGGUCAGAGGAAGAAGAUGAGUUUGUCAAGGACCCCUGGAAUGCGGUUGUGGCGGUGGGGUUGAGGGUUUACUACCAGGUGAAGGAGGAGGAUAAGGAUGUGGAGGGGUUGGUCAAGGUUAGGGUUGUGAGGCCCAAUGAGUGGGAGGUGAGUGAUGAUGAGGAGGAGGAGGAAAAGGGGGAAGGGGUGGAAGAGGAAAAGGUGUUGGAUGUGGAUGACAGUGCGAAGGAUGCGACUGUUGAGGGGGGGUUGGAGCAUACUGCUUGA